AUGUUGAAGUUAUUGGAAGAGGGGGCGGAUGUGAAAUGCACCGAUGUUAUUGGCUAUGCUUGUCUUCACCACGCAGUGCUAUGCGGACAUUACAAAUUAAUUAAACACCUAGUAAUGUAUGGCGCUGAUAUAGAGCAAGAAGGCAAUUUUUACGGUUACAAACCAAUUCAUUUGUGUGUUUAUCCGGCCAACAAAGACAAAUGCUUGGAAGAGUUACUGAAAUAUGGUGCUCAACUAGAUGCCGUUGACUGUUUGCAAAAUACCUUACUACAUUUAGUGGUGAAGUUUAGACCCCAAGAUAUGAAUUUUAUCGAAAAACUGCUCGAUUACGGUUUAGGUCCAAAUGCCACAAAUAUAAUAGGAAACAACUGCCUCCACAUCAUUGCUGCAUCUCGCACAUGCUCUAUCGAAAAGGUCCUGUUUCUGGCGAGGAAAUUCAUACACAGAGGUGUUGAUAUCGACCGUAAGAAUACAUCAAUUGGUGAGACACCCUUACAAAUAGCAUCCCGUACAGGAAAGACGGUUUUGGUCGAUCUUCUUCGUGAGGGGGCGGCAAUAGACGUGAGGAGCAACAUUGGAUUGACUGCUUUCGAGCAAUUGUUCGUGGAAAAUCAUCCAAUGACGGCCAUCAUCACCACCUUCAUUAAACACAUCGCUCUGAGAAAACACCGUGGGGAAAAUGUUGUAGACAGUAUUUUUAGGAAAAUUGCCUCCGAUGUGAAACUACAAAUCAUAUAUCGCUAUUACGACGAAGAUUUGGAGUAUCUGAAAUCCAUAAAUAUAGUUGAAACACACUGGGUAACACUGCAUCAUAUAUUAUGCUGCGAGAAGAGGUACAUAUAUCAAAAUAUGAUAUCGGAAAAACUAUCCAACAUACGCAUGGGGAGGUAUCAUGGUAAACAACCAUUUUCGUCGACUGGCUUAGAAAUUAAUGGUACAUAG